AUGCUUUUAAUGAAUAAAAGUGGAAGUAAGCCCCGUAAUCUCAUGUCACUUAGCAAAAAGAGGGUGAAAGCGAUUUGUCUGAAUUCGAAUUGUUUCUUUAAUAAUCCAACUGAAAUGAAAGUGAGUGAAGAACUUUGUUCUCGUCUGUCGAUUAUUUGGAUCAAGUGUAGCGUGAAAAAUCAAAUUGACCAACAUCCUUAUGAUGUAACAAAAAACAAACCACAAAGCACCGGAAAUUAA